AUUGAUCACGAGGAAGCGCUAGAGGCCGAUAGUGAGUCGCGACACUCGAGCGUACACCGACGUUGACCCGCGCAACUCCAGUGAAUUCGAGCAGUACAUCGUCACACACGAACAUAUUGGAAACACAAUGAGUGUUGACGUGAAGAAAUUGAAAGUGAACGAGCUAAAAGAGGAGCUUCAGCGCCGCGGCCUGGACUUCAAAGGCCUGAAAGCAGAGCUGGUGGAGAGGCUGAGAGCUGCCAUAGAGGCUGAGGAGGGAGGACAGCAGGAAGAGGACUACAGCCAGGACUACCAGCAGGACCACUAUAGCCAGGAUCCCCAAGAUCAAGAAGCAGCUGACAACUAUGAAGAUGAUGUCCCUCAAGAGGAAGAGGAAUGUCGAGAUUCAGGUGGUUACUAUGAGGAAGAGGAGCCAGAAGGUGUGCAGGCUUCAGACCCAAGUUACACCAUGCCAGACUUCACAGCUGAUGUUGGUCUGGCAAAGUCUGAAGAGGUGUCUGAAGAAGAGACCAAGCCUGAGGUGGAGCCAGACGAAAGUAAACGAGGAGUCAAAGCUGAUAUCAAGGUGGAAGAUGUGAGUGAGGGCCAUGGAGAUGGACAGCGGGGUUUUUAUGAGGGACAGCAACCUGAGCAGGCUGAGCAAAUCAAAGUGGAAUCUGAUAAAGGCGGUCAGUACGGUCGCAAGAGACCGUAUGAAGAGAACAGGGGCUACAGCUACUAUGAGCGCCGGGAUGAAAAGAGGUCGCGCACACCACAGCCUCCUGCUGAAGAUGAGGAAGAGAUGAUUGAUGACUCUCUUAUAACAAUUGACACAUACAACUGUGAUCUGCACUUCAAAGUGUCCCGAGAUCGCUACAAUGGGUACCCAUUGACCAUUGAGGGCUUUGCUUACCUGUGGGCAGGAGCACGAGCUACACACGGUGUCAACCGCGGCCGCGUAUGUUACGAAAUGAAGAUCAAUGAGGAAAUUGCAGUGAAGCACCUGCCAAGUACCGAACCAGAUCCCCAUGUGGUACGAAUCGGAUGGUCCCUAAACCACUGCAGCACUCAGCUUGGUGAGGAGCCAUUUUCUUUUGGAUAUGGAGGAACAGGAAAAAAGUCCUGCGACUGCAAGUUUGCUGACUUCGGUGAGCGGUUUGGUGAAAACGAUGUCAUCGGUUGUUACAUUGACUUUGAAAGUGGAAAUGAGGUUGAGAUGGGCUUUACAAAGAAUGGGGUGUGGCUGGGUGUGGCUUUCCGUACAACCAGAGAAGCCCUGGCAGGCCGUGCCCUCUUUCCUCAUGUGCUGGUGAAGAACUGUGCUGUUGAAUUCAACUUCGGACAGAAGCGGGAGCCUUAUUUCCCACCUCCACCAGGAUACACCUACAUCCACAAUCUUAGCCUGGAGAACAAGAUCAGGGGUACAAAGGGACCUACCACCAAGUCUGAAUGCGAGAUCUUGCUGAUGGUUGGCCUACCUGCCUGUGGAAAAACUACUUGGGCUCAGAAACAUGCAGUGAAUAAUCCAGAAAAGAAAUACAACAUCCUGGGGACCAAUGCUAUCAUGGACAAGAUGAAGGUGAUGGGCUUGCGUCGCCAGAGGAACUACGCUGGGCGCUGGGAUGUUCUGAUCCAGCAAGCCACCCAGUGUCUGAAUCGGCUGAUUGAGAUUGCCGCUCGCAAGAGGCGCAACUAUAUCCUUGAUCAGACAAAUGUAUAUGGAUCAGCAAGGAGACGAAAAAUGCGUCCUUUUGAAGGUUUUCAACGCAAGGCUAUUGUAAUUUGUCCCACGGACGAGGAUUUAAAAGCACGAACAUUAAAGCAAACCAAUGAGCAGGGGAAGGAUGUGCCCGAUCAUGCUGUUUUAGAAAUGAAAGCCAACUUUACUCUCCCUGAUGUCUGUGACUUCCUGGAGGACGUGACAUUUGUUGAGCUGCAGCGCGAUGAGGCAGAGAAGCUCCUGAAGCAGUACAAUGAGGAAGGCCGCCUGGCAGGCCCACCUCCUGAAAAACGAUUUGACAACAGGCAGGGAGGGUUCCGCGGCCGUGGUGGGGGUAGCUUCCAGCGGUAUGACAACCGUGAUGGAUCUCGUGGUGGCUAUCAGAACCGCAGUGGAGAUGCAAACAGUGGAUACAGAGGAGCAGGCUACAAUCGUGGCAGUUAUAACCAGAACCGGUGGGGAAGCAACUACCGUGAUGGAGGCUCUGAUGCACGCAGCAGCUACAGUCGCCCUCAGCAGUCAGGAGGAAGCUAUAAUCGCCCAGCUCCUUACAAUAAAGGAGGAUAUAGCCAGGGCUACAGCCAGAGCUACAGUCCAGGGUACAGCCAGGGCAGCUACAACCAGAACUACUACAACUAUAGCCAGUACCCAGGAUACAGCCAGAGCUACAGCCAGACACCUGCCACUGGACAAACAUACAGCCACCAGCAGCAACAGCCACAGCAGCAGCCACAGCAACAGAGCUACAACCAGCAGUAUCAGCAGUAUGCUCAGCAGUGGCAGCAGUACUACCAGAACCAGAACCAGUGGAACCAGUAUUACAGCCAGUAUGGUGGCUAUCCUGGCCAGGGCAGCCAGGGACCUUCUGGUUCCCAGUAGCUUUGCUGUGCUUGUUGCUCUGCGAGCAGCGACGUGGUUUACGUCAUAAUGUCAUUGAAUUGUUUGACACUGUCGCCUCCAGCGCUCAGUGUGCACAUAUUACAGUUUGAUGUUUCUUUUUCUUUUCUUUUUUUACUGAACGAAGUCUUACUUGCAGCCACGAUAUGAUGUUUGCUGUAAUUGUUGUUUAUGUGCAGCAGGUGUGGGCAUGUCACGGCUCACACGCUCCACACCUCCUGCAGGCUGAACAUGUUUCCUAACGUGCAUCUUGAAAAGACAUGGGAUAGGAAAAGUACAGCAAAUCCUGAAUCAUUUUGCUUGUUUUGAGAAGCUUAAACAAGAACAAAGUGCAUGCUUUUGACCCCCCACGGCCCCCUUUCUGCUUUUUUCCUCCCUCCUUUAUUUUCAGUCCACUGAACAUUAUUUACUCCCAGUAGUUUUCUCCAUUAUGCAACUUUUUUUUUAAAUAGGUGUUGAUGCUAUAGUGUUUAAUCACCUUUAAGCAGAAUAUUUUUGCAGCGCGUUAAGUAGUUUUUAUGUGCAUUUUUUUUUUAAUCUCUUUGAUGUGAUUGCCGUUCAUUGAGUCAUAGAUAAAUCUUGCUCUGUCAAACUCAUUUUUUUUUCUACCCGUUCUAAAGAACACCUAGUCAUUAGUCACAGAAGCUCUUUCUUGUCUUUAUACAAUAAAUGUUAUUCUAUACGGCUGUA